AUAAUGGAGAUAUUCAAAAAGGCUGAAACCGUGCGUUUGCGUAGCUACCACGACAAGUACCUUCUAGCAGACGACGACGAAGAUUCCGUGAACCAGGACAGAGACGGACGUUGCAUGAACGCCAGAUGGACGGUGGAGAUUCUAGAAGAGGCAAACGUGAUCCGUCUCAAAAGCUGUUUUGGAAAGUACCUGACCGCAUCAAACAUGCCAUUGUACCUCGGCAUGACCGGCAAGAAGGUAACGCAGACGCUGCCACGGCGUCUAGACUCAUCAACUGAAUGGGAGCCCGUUAGAGAAGGGGUUCAAGUUAGGCUCAAGACAAGGUAUGGGCAGUACCUUCGAGCUAAUGGAGGUUUACCACCAUGGAGGAACUCAGUCACACAUGAUGUUCCUCAUAGGUCAUCCACACAGGACUGGGUUUUGUGGGAUAUUGAUAUUUUGGAAAUCAGAAGGAAGAAACCACCACAGCCUAUUCUCCCGCCUCCUCCACCACCACCAGAGGUUCUGAUGGCAACAAAAGAUGAUCAUGCUGAUGCCAAUUCACCCACAGGAUUCACUCUCAAGUCCCCAAGAUUUUCUAAAACAGAGGCUGAUGAUAGGGUCAGCAGCGUCAGCUCACCAGGCAAGGCAGAUGGGAGACUGAUUUAUUACAGGGUUGGGGAUGAAGAUGGGAACGUGGAUGAAGGAGGGAAGGAAGAGCUUUUCUGUUUCAAGGGACUGGGACUAGAGGAGCUGAAACAGAAGCUUGAAGAGGAGACAGGUCUGAGUGAUGUAUCAAUCUGUUCCAAGAACCCUUUAAACGGGAAGUUAUAUCCACUCCGUUUGCAUCUCCCUCCCAACAACUCAAAGAUGCAUGUCGUCUUGAUCCCUUCCUCUUCUAAAGGUCAGUUUUCUUUACUAAGGUUACCCUCAAUCAUAUGUAUAUAUAUAACUGAAGAGAUUUUGGUUUGUGAAAUUCUGCAGGGGAUGAUGAUGCAAGCACUUCUUGAAGCAUUGGUUACAGAGAGUUUGUUGUCCAAGACCAUAAGGUUUUUGGUUUCUGCUGCUGUGUAUUUCGGUAACAUGCUGUAAUAUCAGCAAAACCUUUUUACUUGAGUACAUAAACUUGAUUGCUGUAAAGAAUCUAUAAUCAGGAUGUAUGUGAAAAUCCUACCUAAGUAACCAAAAAUAUAACAUUCAGGAAGAUAUUAUGCUAAAUAUUUUCAUAAGGCUUCCUAUCUAUUUCUUGUCUAUAAGCUUCUCUUUAUUUUCUACCUCAU